GGACCACUCGAGGGUCAGUGAUGAUCUCUCAUAUUAACCUUUGAAUCAUACUAAUAAAAUCAGAUCAGCUGGGCUAAGCUUACAAAAAUGAGAGACAUUUCGGAAGUUGCGGCUCUUUGUUUCGGCUUUCUGGGCUGGGCAACGAUCGGAAUAUCUUUGCAAGACAAAUACUGGAGGGAGUCGACCACAGAGGGUAGUGUCAUUACUACCUCCACGAUCUAUGGAAAUCUAUGGAUGUCAUGCGCCAGCGAUUCAUUGGGAGUUUAUAAUUGUCAUGAUUUUCAGUCGAUGCUUGCGCUUCCUGGUUAUAUUCAGGCAUGUCGAGCAUUUAUGAUUUCGGCUAUAGUGUUGGGAACAUUUGGGAUCAUCUCAACCUUGUUUGGUAUGCAGUGCUCAAAUGCGGGAGGAGAUAACUACAUCCUUAAGGGAAGAAUUGUGACUCUUGGUGGAUUAUGCUUCCUAUUGCAGGGCCUAUGUACAAUGGUUGCAGUGUCUUGGUAUGCUUUCACCAUCACUCAGGAGUUUUUUGACCCACUCUAUCCAGGAAUUAAGUAUGAGAUUGGAAAGGGUCUGUAUAUUGGCUGGAGCUCAGCUGUGCUUGCUCUCUGCAGUGGGUCCCUUUUGCUAUGCACCUGCAACCUGGAGACAGCAGAAAACAAAAUAGCACUUCCACCCCAGCCCCACACAAGAUCUCACAAGACCAGCAGAUCUCUAUCAGAGAGCACAUGUAGUCAAUAUGAAAAGAAUGCGUAUGUCUGAAGGAGGAAGAGCUCAUCAGGAUUAAAACUGGCCUGAUACAUAUA